UUUAAUAAAAACGCAAUGUUGCCUAUAAAUCUACAACAAAUUCACCAAAGCCAACUGCAACAGAAAGCAACAGUACCAACACCCUUGCCACCGCCUCUGAGGGAACCACGUAGACCACGGCGAGAAAAGAAUCAUAAUCAUCAUAACAUUAAUCAAAACCAACAAAAACAACAACGAGAGCAAGCACUGUACUAUCAAGCAGACGAUUUUGUAAAAGCAUCAGCGCUCUCGUCGUCGUCCACACCAUCGUCAGCAUCGGUUUCAUUACCAUUAAAUCGAGAUAUUAAUGUUGGUGGCAAAAUGUUUGCAAAUCUGAGGUAUUCAUCAUCACAACUAAAUCUCAGCGAAAAUAGUCUACUUUUAAAUCAGAAUGUACUCGAUUGUCUUGCAGCACCAUCUACGGAAGAUGAACACACAAACGAAGAAGAACCUAUAAUUAGUGACGACGCAACAGUGCCCUUAACAGCCAGAACAGGGUCUACAUCAACACUAACAGCCGCAAUUUUGCCUGCCUCAUCGAGACAAUCACUAUCACCUUCUCGAACAGUAAAUCCAGUACAAAAUAAUCAACAGCAACACUAUUCCCGUUCUCUAUCGACGCCUCCGCUUUCACAAACAUCUCUAUUAAAUUUCCUGGACAAUAAUCAACAGCAUCACCACCAACAUCAUCUGAAUCAUUUGCAACAUCAACAGCAGCCGCCUCCCUCCAACUCUUCGAUUCAUUCGCAUGAAUUUAAACUUUGCGAUUCGUGUCGACCCUUGCGUUUCAAUAACCCUCAACAGGGUUCUGGUUUAUUGUCGCAAAAGAAUUUUGGCAGUUCACGUUAUCUGAAUUCGAAACGUUAUACGGCUGCACCAACAUUAUCCUCGAUUACAGCACCUUUAUCGAGUUUGGUAGGCACCCCGCCGCCUGCUUCUUUGCUAAACACACAGCUUCCGCAUAUACCGCAUCCAAAUCCCUUUAAUACUUUACGUUCAUUUACACAAUUUUCUCGUUUCCAGCCUCGUCGUCAGAACAGCAGCAGUAUGUCGCAAUCUGGUGAGGAUCUACAUUCGCCCAGCUACUUGUCGUGGCGUAAACUACAGUUAAGUCGUGCCAAACUGAAAGCAUCUAGCAAGACAUCAGCCCUAUUGUCUGGUUUUGCAAUGGUGGCCAUGGUAGAAGUCCAAUUAAACAAUGAUACAAAAGUACCACCCGGUAUGUUAGUUGCCUUUGCCAUCUGUACCACACUCUUGGUGGCCGUUCAUAUGUUGGCUCUGAUGAUCAGUACCUGCAUACUGCCGAAUAUUGAGACUGUCUGCAAUUUGCACAGCAUCUCGUUGGUACAUGAAUCACCGCAUGAGCGUCUGCAUUGGUACAUAGAAACUGCUUGGGCCUUCUCAACACUGCUGGGUCUCAUACUCUUCCUGCUCGAAAUAGCCAUACUGUGUUGGGUGAAAUUCUAUGAUUUGAGUCAGCCUGCGGCAUGGUCAGCAUGUAUUGUACUUAUACCCGUCUUAAUUAUAUUCCUAGCUUUCGCCAUACACUUCUACCGCUCACUGAUGACCCACAAAUAUGAGGUGACUGUGUCUGGCAUACGAGAAUUGGAAAUCUUAAAAGAACAAAUGGAACAGGAUCAUCAUAUAGAUCAUCAUCAACAGGGUCACCGUAAUGGCUUGAAUUAUGGUGCCAGUGGUGAUAUUGUUUGAAAUAGCUUUUCGUGUUUGUUCUCUGUUCCAAUUAGAGGAAAACUUGUAUUUUUAUUAUGUAUUUAGUUUGUGUACUAAAUAUAUAAAUAAUUAAUAUUAUAAUACAUUUUAUUUUAGGUUAAAUUAUUUUUAUAAUUUAUUUAAGAUUAUUUUCUAUGCUAAAUCAACACAAUAAUACUUGUUAAAAACAAAGUAACUUUUAUAAGAAAGAAAGACAUAAAUAAUUAAGUGAUUGUAAAUUAAAUUAGCAACACCAUUUUUAAAUACAUAAAUAUAUUGUAGAAAGAAAAAAAAACAAUUAUUAAUUACUGUACAAUUGUGAUAUUGUCAAAUAUAUUUUAUACUAAAAAAAAUAAAAUUUCGAAAUAAAUAAAAUCUAUAAAACGAAUAA